AUGAUCAAAAAUAUGAGCAUGGGAGAUAUUUUAGCUUUAGGUAUAUAUUAUAAUCUUAAUGUUGACAACCGUAAUAUUGAUGAUGUGUACGAUGCCUUUGGAGUAUUAACAACUGGUCACGUGACUGGUAAAAGUGUUAUGAGAGGCAUUCGUAACCAUGAUGCUUAUUCAGCUAUUGUUUAUAAAGAAACCGGAGAACAAACUAUAUUCGUUGAAGACAUAACAAGAUUUCGUUAUGACGGUGACACCAUGUUGUCUAGAUCUGCUCUGCUACCGAAACAGACAUCAACUAAGGUAUCUGUAGAAAGUUAUGUUGACCAAAAACAUUCCUGGCUCAGCUAUCUUAAUAUAAGGGUAUCAACUAUUGAUGGUGCAUUCCCAAAAUUGGAUAUGAUUGACGAUACCAGCACUUGGAAGCAAGUUGAAACAAAAUAUGAGCAUUGGGGAACGAUAAUAAACAGAGUAGACGAACGGGGAGAAGUGGCAUUGUUGACAAGAAAUAUUGUAAUAGAAGGAGAAGUGGAAGACAAUUGCGUACAGAGCAAUGGUAAUUGCAACAAAUAUAAAAGUGACACAUUUGGCGGACAUUUUAAGGUUAAAGACAACGUUUGUUAUGACACAAAAGGUCAUGCUUUCUUCAUAGAAGAUGGAGGAGAACAUGAUACAACUUUUGAUGGAAAUUUGGCUGCAAGUGUGCGAAAAGGCUCCCUUAUUCCUUCAGAUCAAAAACCUGCUUGCUUCUGGAUAACAAGUCCGUUAACAAAAAUGAGAAACAACGUAGCUGCGGGAGGAGCUGGGCAUGGUAUAUGGUUCAUUUACCCAGUUGAACCUAUUGGACCAUCUAAAGGUCUUGGGUUUUUCAAGCCACACGAAGCUGAUAGAACUCCUAUAUCUGAAUUUGACAACAAUGUCGUACAUUCACAGGGAUUGACUGGUUUGUUCGUAGAUCAUCGUUUAAUGCCCGAUGGCAGUGCUGACCAAAACAAUGCAUACCUGCCUAAAGAGAACCCGCUUGAUGAAAAAUCUAAAGACGUCGAAGUAAAACUCUUCCGAUUAACUGCGUACAAGAAUGUUAUACAAAAUGCGUGGCUUCGAGGGGGAUGGUUCCAUAUUACACAAUCAUCAUUUGCGGACAGUCAAAAAUCUCUUCAAUAUGCAAGACAUGCGCCAUUACAAGGAUUUGUUUUCUACGAUGGGCCUGUGUAUGGUGAGAAUAUAUGGUUUGAUGGCUUUAUUUCAACAAAGCUGUAUACGGCACGGGCAUUGUGUUACGACAGACUAAAUGUUUCCAGUAGUUCAUCUGUCAGUAAUAUCAGAAACGCUCAGUUCGGAUUCGUUGAUGGUGGAAUCAAAUGGGUGUACAAGGAGAUCAUACAGAUGUACAACGGAGAAUAUUGUAUCAAAAAUUUAAGAGGAGAUCAAUUAGAUGGAGUAGGGGAUCAUAUGAAUUUACAACAGAAAACAUUAUAUAAAGCAUACAAGAGAGGAUAA